GAGUGUCGUGAAAAGUGGAUGGGAGCGGGCGGCGGGCUGGGGGCGCGGGGCGCGAGUGGUGCAGCUAGCGAGCGCUGCGGGGCGUGAGGCCCGGGACCGCGGCCAUGGACCUCAACCGCAUCGUCCAGGCGCUCAAGGGCACCAUCGACCCCAAGCUACGCCUCGCGGCCGAGAGUGAGCUCAACCAGUCCUACAAGAUCAUCAACUUUGCUCCUAGUCUGCUUCGGAUCAUCGUGUCAGACCAUGUGGAAUUCCCAGUGCGACAGGCGGCGGCCAUCUACCUGAAGAACAUGGUGACGCAGUACUGGCCCGACCGUGAGCUGUCGCCGGGCGACGUGGUGUUCCCCUUCAACAUCCACGAGAACGACCGCCAGCAGAUCCGUGAGCACAUUGUGGACGGCAUCGUCCGCUGCCCGGACCUGGUGAGGGUGCAGCUGACCAUGUGUCUCCGUGCUAUCAUCAAGUACGACUUCCCGGGCCACUGGCCAGCGGUGGUGGACAAGAUCGACUCCUAUCUGCGGUCCCCAAACUGCGGGAACUGGCUGGGCAGCUUGCUGUGCCUGUACCAGCUGGUGAAGACGUACGAGUACAAGAAGGCGGAGGAGCGCGAGCCCCUGCUGGCAGCCAUGCAGAUCUUCCUGCCGCGCGUGCAGCAGCAGAUCCUGCACCUGCUGCCCGACCCCUCCCAUCACUCCGUGCUGCUGCAGAAGCAGAUCCUCAAGAUCUUCUAUGCACUCGUGCAGUUUGUACUGCCUCUUCAGCUGGUGAACAACCAGGCCAUGACCACCUGGAUGGAGGUCUUCCGAGCCAUCCUCGACCGGCCAGUCCCACAUGAGACCCUGCAGAUCGAUGAGGACGACAGGCCAGAGCUGGUGUGGUGGAAGUGCAAGAAGUGGGCGCUGCACAUCGUGGCUCGACUCUUUGAGCGAUAUGGAAGCCCAGGGAAUGUCACAAAAGAAUACUUUGAGUUUUCUGAAUUCUUCUUGAAAACCUAUGCCGUUGGAAUCCAGCAGGUCCUCCUCAAGAUUCUCGAGCAGUACAGACAGAAGGAGUAUGUGGCCCCCCGGGUUCUUCAGCGCACCUUCAACUAUCUCAACCAGAGCAUUGUUCACUCCGUGACCUGGAAGCAGAUGAAGCCACACAUCCAGAACAUCUCUGAAGAUGUUAUCUUCUCUGUCAUGUGUUACAAAGACGAGGAUGAAGAAUUGUGGCAAGAGGACCCGUAUGAGUACAUACGGAUGAAAUUUGAUAUCUUUGAAGAUUUUGCUUCUCCUACCACAGCAGCACAGACCCUCUUAUACACUGCUGCCAAGAAAAGGAAAGAGGUGCUGCCCAAGAUGAUGGCGUUCUGUUACCAAAUACUGACAGAUCCACAUUUUGACCCCAGGAAGAAAGACGGAGCCCUGCAUGUGAUUGGCUCCCUGGCUGACAUCUUGUUGAAGAAGAGCUUGUUUAAGGACCAGAUGGAGCUGUUUCUGCAGAGCCACGUGUUCCCGUUGUUUCUGUCCAACCUGGGCUACCUCCGUGCAAGGUCCUGCUGGGUGCUGCACGCCUUCAGCUCUCUCAAGUUCCACAAUGAACUCAACCUAAGGAAUGCUGUGGAGCUGGCCAAGAAGAGCCUCCUGGAGGACAAGGAGAUGCCCGUCAAGGUGGAGGCGGCCCUCGCCCUACAGGCCCUCGUCUCCUGCCAGGCACAAGCCAAGGAGCACAUGAAGCCUCACGUGCGGCUGGUCAUGCAGGAGCUGCUUCACAUCGUCAGGGAGACCGAGAAUGACGAUGUCACCAACGUUGUCCAGAAGCUCGUCUGUGAAUAUAGCCAGGAGGUGGCCUCCAUCGCUGUGGACAUGACCCAACACCUGGCUGAGAUAUUUGGCAAAGUUCUUCAAAGUGAUGAGUAUGAAGAACUGGAAGAUAAGACGGUGAUGGCGAUGGGGAUUCUGCACACCAUCGACACCAUCCUGACAGUUGUGGAGGAUCGGAAGGAGGUAACUCAGCAGUUAGAGAAUAUCUGUCUGCGCAUUAUCGACCUUGUUCUGCAGAAGCACAUAAUUGAAUUCUAUGAAGAAACCUUCUCCCUGGCCUACAGUCUCACCUGCCACAGUGUCUCCCCGCAGAUGUGGCAGCUCCUGGGAGUACUAUAUGAGGUGUUCCAGCAGGAGUGCUAUGAGUACUUCACAGACAUGAUGCCUCUCCUGCAUAAUUAUGUGACGAUAGACACAGAUACUCUGCUGUCAAGCCCCAAGCAUUUGGAAAUCCUUUUCACAUUGUGUCGGAAAGUGCUGUGCGGAGAAGCUGGUGAAGACGCAGAGUGCCACGCAGCCAAGCUUCUCGAGGUCAUCAUCCUGCAGUGCAAGGGCCGGGGCAUCGACCAGUGCAUCCCACCCUUUGUGCAACUGGCACUGGAGAGGCUGACUCGAGGGGUGAAGACCAGCGAGCUGCGCGUCAUGUGCCUGCAGGUGGCCAUCGCCGCCCUGUACUACAGCCCAGACUUGCUGCUGCACACGCUGGAGAGAAUGCAGCUGCCCCACAACCCGGGGCCCAUUACUGUGCAGUUCAUCAACCAGUGGAUGGGCGACACCGACUGCUUCCUUGGGCACCAUGACCGGAAGAUGUGCAUCAUCGGGCUGAGCAUCCUGAUGGAACUGCAGAGCCGGCCUCCGGCAGUAGAGGCUGUGGCUGCACAGAUCCUGCCCUCCGUCCUCUUCCUCUUCCUUGGCCUCAAGCAGGUCUGCGCCACCAGGCAGCUGGCACGCCGGGAGGACUGCUGCCAGGCCCACAAGGCGGAUGUGGAUGAGAAUGAGGAGAUUUCCAGCGAUGAGGAGGAGACGACUGUCGGUGUCCAGGCUAAGCAGCCGAGCAAUGGCCGAGUGGAGGCUGAGGAGGACGAUGAUGAUGACUGGGAGGAGGAGCUGCUGGAGGAGACGACCCUGGAGGGCUUCAGCACGCCACUGGACCUGGACGGCAGUGUGGACGAGUAUCAGUUCUUCACACAGGCCCUGCUGGCUGUGCAGAAUCGAGACGCCACGUGGUACCAGCUGCUGAUGGCACCACUGAGCGCGGACCAGAGGCGGGCGCUGCAGGAGGUGUACACGCUGGCAGAGCAGCGCAGGACAGUAGCAGAGGCCAAGAAGAAGAUUGAGCAGCAGGGCGGCUUCACCUUCCAGAACAAAGGGGUGCUCUCGGCCUUUAACUUUGGGGCGCUACCCAGCAGCAACUGAGGAGGCGUAGCCGGGUCCCACCAUCCGGCACCUUCUGGAUUUGCCAGGGAGGUGGGGUGGGAUUGUGCAGCCGGCCCUCUGACCACUGUCCCCGCCCCUGGUGGCCUUUCUCAGCCUGAAGCCCAGCCCCUGAAGUGACCUAGGCCCACAGGCUCGGUCGGAAUUGCGUCUCAGGUUUUUGUGAAGGUGCAGAACCGGUGGACUCGUGUGGAUCACAGUGCCUUCCUUCUGUUGUACAUGAAUUAUCUGAACACUUUUUUUGGAGUGCAUUGCAGAUUUUUUUUUUUAAAAGCAUAAAACCUAUUUCUAGAUGUUCUGUCAGCCUUGUCUACACAUCACCUUACCCUGCAUUUGAGGAUUUGACUUCAUGAUGAGGCAGGUAGCACAGGUCACAGCUCGGGGCUCCACACAUGCUCUGGAUAUCCUACGGAGUCCCCCCACUGGCUUUGGAAGAAGUCUCUUACUUCCCUGCUGCCAUCCUGCACAGAUGGGCCUGGGUCUGAAGCCAGCAAACACAUGCUGACUGCACUCAGCCCACGGAGCUGAAGACUGGCUGUGGGUCCCAGGCCAGUUGGGAGUAGGUGCUGAUUCUGUACUUUUGGGGGGACCUUGGGCUUCCAUUCUCCCCACCCUCCAUUCUUGCUGCGUGGGACCUGGGUCCACCCCAGCCACCCUACAGCUCGUUCUGCCUCUGCACCAUCCCGGGCUGUGGGUGCCCCUGGGUGCAGGGAUGCAGACUCUGGGCCUGGGCGAAUCCGCACGUUCACUCAGGGAAGUAGACAUCUGUUCUUGGAGCUGACCCUCACGGGGUGUGACCCCACACUCCCUUGAGUGACAUGUUUGUGGCUCUGCCUCCUGCCAGGGCUGGAGGAAAGUCCUCUCUUUUAGUAAGAACUCCCUUCGGGUUUUAGAUUAUUUAAGUCAUUUCAGCGGGAACAGGCUGAGUGUCGGCGCCCAGUGGCACCUACCUCCCUCUGCCCUCUGCACUGAGGUGCCUACCAGCACCUCCCCAGCUCCUCUGUGGCGGGAGGGUCUCAGAGGAGCCAGGCUGCUCACCUCAGGGUAGGUUCUGCAGUGCAGAGGGGAAGGAGUGUUGGCAGCAGGCUGGUAGCGCUGUGUGAUGGGGUGUGGUGGACUUGUGGCCUUGGAAACGCAGGGACUUUUAUGAAUGUACAAUAAAGUGCGGACUGAC